AUGACACCACCUAUAGAGAUAAGUAUUAUAGCUAGAGAAAACAUCAAACCCUCCUCUCCAACUCCCACUCACUUGAAAACCUUCAAGCUUUCAGUUUUGGAUCAAAUGGUUCCACCCACAUACAUUCCAAUCCUGCUUUUUUAUCCCACAAGUGAUCAUCAAAGAGUCCAGCAACUAAAGAAAUCGCUAUCCGAAACUCUAACUCACUUCUACCCUUUUGCCGGAACAAUCAAAGACAACGCCUUUAUCGAAUGCAACGAUGAUGGGGCAUGCUUCAUCGAAGCUCGAGUGAGCUGCCUACUCUCACACAUCCUCAAUGAACCCGAUCAUGAAGUACUGAAACAGUUUCUGCCCAUUAACUUUGAGUCCUCAGAAGGCGGCAAGGGAUGUGUGCUGCUUGUUCAAGCCAACUACUUCAAGGGUGGUGGAAUCGCUGUAGGACUAUGCCUUUCCCACAAGAUAGCUGAUGCAGCCACGUUGAGCACAUUCAUCAGAAGCUGGGCUGCCAGCGCUUCUGGUUCUGAUCAGAGAGUGGUGAAUCCUUUGUUUGAUUCAGUGCCAAUGGCCCCACCAAAAGACAUCUCAGUGGACCCACCAUCUGUUGAGAUGAAAGUGUACAAGUCUGUGACAAAGAGGUUUGUAUUUCAUGGCUCAAAGAUUGCUGACCUAAAAGUAAAGGUUGCUAAUAAUUUUGUUGAAAACCCUACAAAGGUGGAAGCUUUAGCUGCCCUGAUUUGGAAAUGUGCAAGGAAGGCCUCAAGGGUUACUUUAGGGUUUUCAUCCAGGCCAUCAGCAUUUUACCAAAACGUGAACAUUAGAAACAAAAUUGUCCCUCCUGUGCCUAAUGGGUCUGUUGGGAACUUUGUGGGGUCCUUCAUUGCAAGGUCAGAAGAGGCUGCUGAGACAGAUUUGCAUGGAUUGGUAGCUGAACUGAGGAAAGGGAUUGAACAAUUUACCAGUAAGGCCAAAAGGGUUCCACUGAGUGAGGACAUCUCGGUAAUUUCAGAGCCUCAGAUGGCGGCUAUAGGGUUUUUAAGUAGGGAUGACAUGGACUUUUAUGUAUGCACCAGUUGGUGUAGGUUUGAAUUGUAUGAGGCUGCAGAUUUUGGGUGGGGGAAGCCAAUGUGGGUGAGCUCAGCAGUUCCCACCUGCAAUAACAUGGUGAUUUUGGUGGAUGCAGAAGGUGGUGAUGGGAUAGAGUGUUGGAUAAGAUUGAACGAAGACGAAAUGAAAGUGUUUGAGUGUGACCAAGAGCUUCUCUCAUAUGCUGCUUUCAAUCCAAGCGUCUGGAAAACUGGUUAA